GAGGCAGUCCGAAGUGGUUGGGGUUGGGUGGGAGGAGAUCCGCUCGCACACACGAGGAGGAGGGUUGAGCUGUCGCCGCCGCCGUCGCUAGUGCGGAGUCAGGACUGUAGCUGCCGCUGCGGCGACGCCGGGGAUCGUGUCGCUAGCCCCCGGCCUUUCUGCCUCGCCGCCUUCGCCGGGUCAGCGCGGCCUGCUCCUCCCCGGUCGGUCGCCCCCACCUCCAUUUCCCGCCCUCUCCUCACCACACACACGGCCCCCCCGAUCAUGGAUCCGGGCAGUGGCGGCGGCGGCGGCGGCGGCGGCGGCGGCGGGAGCAGCAGCGGCAGCAGCAGCAGCGAGUCGGCGCCCGAUUGCUGGGACCAGGCGGACAUGGAAGCCCCCGGGCCGGGCCCGUGUGGUGGUGGCGGCGGCGGCCCCAUGGCGGCGGCGGGGGCCGAGGCCCAGCGUGAGCAGCACCUCAGUGCGGCCUUCAGCCGGCAACUCAACGUCAACGCCAAGCCCUUCGUGCCCAACGUCCACGCCGCCGAGUUCGUGCCGUCGUUCCUCCGGGGUCCGGCGCAGCCUCCGCCACCUCCCGCUGGCGCCGCCGCCAACAACCACGGAGCCGGCAGCGGCGCGGGAGGCCCUUCGGCACCUGUGGAAUCCUCUCAAGAGGAACAUUUGUUGUGUGAAGGUUCAAAUUCAGCUGUUAGCAUGGAACUUUCAGAACCUGUUGUAGAAAAUGGAGAGACAGAAAUGUCCCCAGAAGAAUCAUGGGAGCACAAAGAAGAAAUAAGUGAAGUAGAGCCAGAGGGUGGUUCCUUGGGAGAUGGAAGGCCACCAGAGGAAAGUGCCCAUGAAAUGAUGGAGGAGGAAGAGGAAAUACCAAAACCUAAAUCUGUGGUUGCACCUCCAGGUGCUCCUAAAAAAGAACAUGUAAACGUAGUAUUCAUUGGGCAUGUAGAUGCUGGCAAGUCAACCAUUGGAGGACAAAUAAUGUAUUUGACUGGAAUGGUUGACAAAAGGACACUUGAAAAGUAUGAAAGAGAAGCUAAAGAAAAAAACAGAGAAACUUGGUACUUGUCUUGGGCCUUAGAUACAAAUCAGGAAGAACGAGACAAGGGUAAAACAGUAGAAGUGGGUCGUGCCUAUUUUGAAACCGAAAAGAAGCAUUUCACAAUUCUAGAUGCCCCCGGCCACAAGAGUUUUGUCCCAAAUAUGAUUGGUGGUGCCUCUCAAGCUGAUUUGGCUGUGCUGGUAAUCUCAGCCAGGAAAGGAGAGUUUGAAACUGGAUUUGAAAAAGGAGGACAGACAAGAGAACAUGCAAUGUUGGCAAAGACAGCAGGUGUAAAACACUUAAUUGUGCUCAUUAAUAAGAUGGAUGAUCCAACAGUAAAUUGGAGCAAUGAGAGAUAUGAAGAAUGUAAAGAGAAACUAGUGCCAUUUUUGAAAAAAGUUGGCUUUAAUCCCAAAAAGGACAUUCACUUCAUGCCCUGCUCGGGACUGACUGGAGCAAAUCUCAAAGAGCAGUCAGAUUUCUGCCCUUGGUACAUCGGAUUACCAUUUAUUCCAUAUCUGGAUAAUUUGCCAAACUUCAAUAGAUCAGUUGAUGGACCAAUCAGGCUGCCAAUUGUGGAUAAGUACAAGGACAUGGGCACGGUGGUCCUGGGAAAGCUGGAAUCAGGAUCUAUUUGUAAAGGCCAGCAGCUCGUGAUGAUGCCAAACAAGCACAACGUGGAAGUUCUUGGAAUACUUUCUGAUGAUGUAGAGACUGAUACUGUAGCCCCAGGUGAAAACCUCAAAAUCAGACUGAAAGGAAUUGAAGAAGAGGAGAUUCUUCCCGGAUUCAUACUUUGUGAUCCUAAUAAUCUUUGUCAUUCUGGACGUACAUUUGAUGCCCAGAUAGUGAUUAUAGAGCACAAAUCCAUCAUCUGCCCAGGGUAUAAUGCGGUGCUGCAUAUUCACACCUGUAUUGAGGAAGUGGAAAUAACAGCCUUAAUCUGCUUGGUAGACAAAAAAUCAGGAGAAAAAAGUAAGACUCGACCCCGUUUUGUGAAGCAAGAUCAAGUAUGCAUUGCUCGGUUAAGGACAGCAGGAACCAUCUGCCUUGAGACCUUUAAAGACUUCCCUCAGAUGGGUCGUUUUACCUUAAGAGAUGAGGGUAAGACCAUUGCAAUUGGAAAAGUUCUGAAACUGGUUCCAGAGAAAGACUAAAAGCAUUUUCUUGAUGACCCUGCACAAUACUGUGAGGAAAAUUGACUGCAAAAGCCGACUUCACACCGCCUUCUUUUAUUUUCUGCCCAUUGAUAAACCUCUCCCCAUAUUUUGCAAAGAGAAAAUUCACAGCAAAAGUCCACAUUAUGUCAGCUUUCUCAUAUUGAGAGCUCUGCUAUGCCACUGUUGAAUUUUUCCUGAGAUUUUUUUCCCCCUUUCAAACUCUGCUUCCUUGGACAGAUUUGGCAAUAGCUUUGUAAGUGAUGUGGACAUAAUUGCCUACAAUAAUGAAAACCUACAGGAAUUUUUUUAUUUUUCAUUUUCCCCUUAGGCAUAUUUAGUAAUUUUUCCCCAGGCAGAUCAUUCUGAGUGUGCGAGUGUGUGUGCACAUGUUACAAAGACAACUACCAUGUUAAUAAAAUAUUCAAUUUGAAA